UAUCUAGAUUAAACUCAUCGUCCCAUCAGAUCACGUUUCCAUUGUACAGUUGGUUCCGCUAUAACGCAUGUUCCGUCAAUGCGAAUUGGUUGUAACAUGAUUGACAAAUAGGGGACUGCUAUUUCUAAAACGCGAACUUGUGUUGGCUAUAAUGCGAUCCCAUCAGUGCGUGGGUGUACGCAUCAACAUGUGAUGGUUUCAUGGGCUUUGUCAUGAAUACGUACAAUGUUAGUGCCGAAAGAAUCUCCGUGAGGGCUUUGUCGUGAAGUGCUUUCUGUGAGAUGUACAGUGCAAACCCCUCCCCCAUCAAGAUAUUUUUUCAAGUGCAUCACUUUAAUCUGGCCCGGAGUAGAAUGCCAGGCUUCGAUUAUGGCCCAGAUAGUCUUGGAUCAGGAUUAACCCCUCUACAUCUUUCUGACGAUGGUGAGGGAGGAGCAUUCCACUUCCAUGACCCCCCACCACCAUACACAGCUUAUAAAUACCCUGACAUACAACAUCCUGAUGACCCACCACCUCCGUAUGAAGCAUCCAUCAGUCCAGGCAGCAUGCUGUGUGUCAAUCAAGACAGUGCUUCUGGACAGACGAUGGAGCCGAGCAGCCAGCGACCUAUGGCAGAGGGUGCUGCUGGAGAUCAGGUGAAUGCCACAAACUUUACUCUACCAGCUGUGACAGAGGAACUGGAAGAUUCAGCUGACAGCAGUACCUUGCUCGUGCCAUGUGACACAUGCUCAGAGAGUGAAGCACUAAGCAGUCACCCCUCAAUAAACACUGUUGUAUAAAUGGGAUGGGUCUAUUACUGUUUUUUGGAGUAAAAGCAAAUGUUUGCAAAGUGCUGUACAGGCAAACACUAGUCUGAUGACUAUAAAAGGCUUAGUUCAGGUCUUCAGCAGUAGAUUUCCUGUUUCAAUGAGUGCGUUAAUCCUCUGUGUAUAUAUUGAUGGUGGAAUGCAGCACCUUUCCCUGGAGACAGGUGCAGUAGGACUUUAGGAAGCUAAUGGGCAGCUGGGUUUGUGUUUUUUUUAAUAUAGAUUUUGAGCUUCAAGUUGAGAGGCUGGAACAGCCUUGAGUUGGUGGUUUUGCAUGCUGAAUAUAUACUGGCAUCUCAAAGCUCUUAUAACCGGGUCUUGCAAACUGGCAACAGAUGGGGCCAAUCAUCAGAAAGAGCUUUGUGAUAUUUCUAGGCAAACAGAAGUGCACUUAUUGUCGCCAUUCUGUUCUGUGAUUGGGAUACAGCAGUGAUGGAAGUGGGCUGUACAGUAAGAUGAAUGGUAUUUGGAGAAUGCAUGUUGCAGAGACUGUUUACAAGGUCUUAGUGCUCGGGGGGUGGGGUGGGAGGUGCAGGCUGGGUGUUACUAAUCCUUUGGGUGUUUUGAGGCAGUAGUAAUGUGGAGGUGGAGUCAGUGCACUAGAGAAGGGGGUUACAGUCUCUCUCAAGCUGUAAGAAUGGCUACAAUCUCUCCCAGAUUAGGGGGGUUUGCAGGCCGAAUCAGGGUCUCAUGGGCGCAAGAGGUUACUGGCUUUUUUGGUUUGGGACCAGUGUUAACAGAUCCACUUGGACAGAGGGUGAGGGUCUGAAUUUGCAGAUAUUAUCCAGUAGUGCAAGGCUCAGUGUAUUUUUUUGCCAGUACAGUGGCAGUAGCAGCAGUUAGUUAACUGGAAGGAGGCUGUGCUCCAAUCUCAGGCUGUUGAUUAAGGCACAAGAGGUCCUAUGCUCCCAGCCCAGGGGGACCAAAUGGCAGGACGGGAAUGCAUCCUGCGAAGCGUAGGGUUAGAGUCUGAGAGCAUAUUACCACACUCUGUGCUCCCUUUCCUACUCACUCCGCUGCAGAUUUUUAAUAUCAUGUUCAUUUCUAUUCGAGAAUACCAAUUGAUGUAUUGAUAAGUGGAGUUAAUAUUGAUCAAUAAGUUGAUCAUUAUUACUGAUGCAGUUUUGAUUGAAAUUGAUAUGAACAGUGAUUUUGCGGUCAAUAUUGAUCACCCAUAUUGAUGUGGUUGAUUGAUAUCAGUCAAUGUUGAUCCUUGAUGUUGAUGUGGUUCAUAUUGAUGAAUGAUAUUUUUGUCUUUUGGGGGGACAUUUAGGGGGCAGUGACAUGUAUCAUAGGUUUAGAUUGAUUAUGGAAAAAAGCAAGGAACAUUCCAGGGUAAGAAUAAUUACUGGGGGAAAGCCAAUUUCAAGGAUCUGACUCCGAUAAAUUGAAAUCAGAGUUUGGCAGGCAAAUAGUGACUAAAUAAUGAGCUGCUUUUAAAGAAGGGUUUGUCUGAGCACAGUUGAGGCAUACACUCAAAGAGGAAAGAUAAAGCAAAUAAAUCCAGAGUUCCCAAAUGACAAAAGAGAUACAAUUUAAGAUGUAGAGGCGAAAGUGUGCCUCUGGCCCACAUCAGGUGGACAGUACAACUGAGAACCAGGCCUGAGUAUAGAAGGUUUAGAGGGGAAGUGGAAGAAAAAGCAAAGAAAUUAUAUAUUUAAAAAAACUGGCAGCUAGUAUACAAGGAAAUCCCAAAGUCUUCUAAAGGCACAGUAAAAUGGUGGAAUGGAGUGAGGCCUAUUAGGGACCAAAAAGGGGACAUAGCCAGGGCAUUAAUGCUUUGCAUCUCAAGGAGGAAGAUGCUGUGCAGCCACCAUGAAAGAAGGCAGACUUCACAUACUUGAAGGGCCUAAAACUGAUGAUGAGUUGGAUAGGCUGUUUCUACUUACUACACAUGAGGCACCAGAACAGGAUGAGAUGCAUCCAAAGAGAGUGGAACUUGAGGCACCGGCCAUUAUUAUAAUUCUUCCUUCGAAUCAGUGAUGGUGCCAAUGGGACUGGAGAAUUGCAAAUCUUAAACCUUUGUUCAUAAAAGGUUGUUCAAGAUAAGCCAGGCAAUUACAGGCCAGUCAGUUUAACCUUUGAUAGGAAAUCUUCUAAGUUUAGAUUGAUUAAUCCACAUUUGUCCAAGUCACUAUUAAUUUUAACUGAGCUCAUCUUGUUUAACUAACUUGCUGGAGCUUUUCGAAGGAACAAAUUUGAUGAACUCAAUGCUGUUGAUGUGUGCAUGAACUCAAGAAAGACAUUUGAUACAGUGAGGUACAACAGAUUUGUUAUAGCUUAUGGAAUAAGAAGGACUGUAGCAACACAUGAAAUUGGCUGAGUGACAGGAAACAAAACUUUGAUGUUUUUGGACUGGAGAGAGGUUAGUAGUGGAGAUCAACAGAGGUCAAUGUCAGGAUCCUUGAUGUUCCUUAUAUAUAUGAAUAAUCUAGACAUUGGUUUACAAGGCACAAUUUCAAAAUUUGUGGAUGAUGUAAAACUUGAAAGCAUUGUGAACUGUGAGAAUGAUGAUAUUGAUUUUAAGGAUCAUUGUCAGCUUGGUGGAAUUGGCAGCCAAGGUUUAAUGCAAGCAGAGUGAAGUGAUGUAUUUUGGUUGGAAAAGCAGAGGGAGACAAAGGGUGUAAUUUUAAAGGAGAUACAAGAGCAUUGUGUAAAUGUGCGUAAAUCAUUGACGGUAGCAGGAUUAGGUUGAGAGUGGUUAAUGAAGCCUGCAGUAUUUCAGGGUAUAUUAAUAGGGGUAAAGAGUACAAGAGCAGGGAGGUUAUGUUGAACAUUUACACAAUGCUGCUUUGGCCUUAACUGGAGUAUUGGCUUUAGUUCUGGGCACUGCACUUUAAGAAGGCACUUGACAAGGUGUAGAGAAGAUUCAUGAGAUUGGUUCCAAGGAUGAAGAGUUUCAGUUACUUGUAUAUAUUGGAGCGGUUCAGAUAGUUCUCUGCAAAAAGAAAAACAUUGAAAGGAAAUUUGCUAGUGUUCACAAUCAUGGGGCUGGACAGAGUUGAUAGGGAGAAACUGUUCCUAUUGGUAGAAGGAUCAAGAACGGCACAGAUUUAAAACAAGUAGUGACAACAUGGAAUAAGAAGUUCCUGUGGCAAGUGGAAUGCACUUCUUGAGCGUGUGGUGGAGGCAGGUUCAGUAGAGGUACUUGGUGAGGCGAUGGCCUUAAUGGUAUUAUUGCUGAAAUGUUAACCCAGAGACCCAGAUAAUGUUCUGGGGACUUGGGUUGGAAUCCUGCCACAGCAGAUGAUGGAAUUUGAAUUCCAUAAAAUGUCUGGAAUUAAUCUAAUGAUGAUUAUGAUUGUUUCAUAAUCAAUUAUUGUUGAUUGUUGCAAAAACCCAUCUGGUUCACUAAUGCCCUUUAGGGAAGGAAACUGCCAUCCUUACCUGCUCUGGCUUGCAUGUGACUCCAGACACACAGCAAUGUGGUUGACUGUUAACUGCCCUCUGGGCAACUAGGGAUGGGCAAUAACUGCUCCGUGGUCAGGGACGCCCUCAUCCCAUGAAUGAAUAAACUUGAGAGAAUUGAAGGGCACUUUGUAAACUCUUUCUUUGGAGAGCUGUAACAGACAAGACUAUCUGAAGAAUAUCUCAACCACACAUUGGUCACAGCACAGAAAAAGCCAUUGUGGCUGAUUGAUAUUGAUCAGUGAUAUUGGCCUUCACAUUUACGUGGAAAAAUGUCCAUCCAGAUGGAGAGUUUAGAAAUUGUGCACCACCUUUCUAUUGUCUAGCCACAAUUUCUGCCCUUGGAACUCAAUUCACAUAACCAGGUGCAUGCACGCACAAAACUAUUCAAAUACUGCAAUUACCAGAUGUUUGUAUUUAGUUUGUCUGUAAUUGAUCUUACUGUGGCAGUGGAAAGUUUUUGACAUUUGGUGAAAUAUUAUGUAGAAAUUAAAUUUGAUACUGCUAAUAGGUCCAUGCGUGUUCAGGAGUUUUUCAUUUUUCACUUUUAUGGCAGCACAUUCAAGUUUUCAUGUUGCUGUUCAUUCAUUGAAAUGCCAAAUAAAUUCUAAAGUGGAGGUAACUUCA